UACGAUAGAUCUUGGAAUAUAUCCCAGUACCCAUUUUGGGUGUUUCUGCGUGCAUAAUAACUGUUGUAUUUCUAAGCUCAUUCAUCUCUAGUAUAAAUGGAAUGCACUAUUACAUCCUACAGUCCCGGACCCCCUCCACCUUCUCGCCUUAAAUAUAUGAAAGCGGAUACGACAAAGACGGUUCUUCAUGUAAAUUUCGAACCAGGCAAAGGAGAGGUUCAGGAGAGGAAAAAGAAAUACCUGACUGCAAAAUACGGACAACAUCAAAUGAACCUCAUCAGGAAGAGAUUACGCGUAGAGAUGUGGAUGUUUGACCAGCUCCAAGCCCUCUACGGACACAGGGAUGAAGAUUCACAAACAUAUGAAGUAGAAAUAGAUUUGGAUGAACUAUUGGAUAUAGAAGGAGAUUUUAACAGGAAAGCAUGGUUAGGUGGAAAAGUGAUAGGAGCCAAAAAGUCACAAGAAAAUGUGGAGAAAUUCAUCAGUGAAUUACUUCAAAGGGCAAAAACAUUGUGAAGAUCUGAAACAUGAACUGGAUGUUUUCACUAUGCCGCUGUCAUGAAGAUAACUCUCAUCUCACAUAAAUACAACAUGCACUUUGAAUACUCAUCUUCAUAUGUGUUAUUUAUGUUGUCAUCAACAUUGUUAAAAAUUGAAAAUUCGGAAAAUUAUACACAUUAAAAAAAUACUGCAUUCAUAUUCUAACAUACAUAUUUUUUACAUUGUUUUGAAAUCUUCCAAGUUUCUGUGUAGUGAGAGGGUCUACGACAAUAAAAAAAAAAAAAAAAAAAAAAUGGAGAGAGUAACACUUCUGAAAAUUUACUUUGUGUAGAAAUGCAGCAUUCAUAUCCUUUUUUCUUUCCCUGUUUUUGAAUACACUCUCUUCAGAAACUGUAUAAAAUAAUGGUGAUAGGAUAUGUUUUAUUACUGUAUGAUUGAUGUAUUUAGUUGUAGAAUGCAGAUUAUACCUAUUUAUUUGUAGAUUUUGUGUUAAAAGAAUUCAUUAUCAUGAUCUUUUGUGUAUGAUAAGGAGUAUGUCAUUUGAAAUAAAGUAUCAUUUAUAAUGUG